UUCUUUGCAGCACGAAUGCAAAUACUGAUUGCUAUGCAUAAUGUAAAUCUCUUGGUUUGGAUUAUGGCUAUGAUGGCAUUUGAUUUCUUUGAUUUAGGUCGGGGAAGAGAAGCUUGUUCUAGAUAUUGGCCGAAGAGCCCUACAGAAUCCAGAUGCUAAGGCUUACAUACAUGAUUUGCUUCUGUCCAUGGCACUGGCAGAGUGUGCAAUUGCUAAACUUGGUUUCGAGAAGAACAAUAUUUCCCAAGGAUUUGAAGCUCUUGCGCGUGCUCAGUGUCUUCUUAGGAGCAAAAUAUCACUUGGGAAGAUGACGUUGUUAUCUCAGAUUGAAGAAUCUUUGGAAGAGCUUGCGCCUGCCUGCACAUUGGAGUUAUUAGGCAUGCCUCACACACCUGAAAAUGCUGAAAGAAGACUAGGAGCCAUUGCAGCCUUGCGUGAAUUGCUCAGACAGGGUCUUGAUGUUGAAACUUCAUGCCAAGUCCAAGAUUGGCCUUGCUUCUUGAAUCAAGCGCUCAAGAAGCUCAUGGCUAUGGAGAUGGUUGAACUUCUUCCUUGGGAUAAUUUGGCGAUGACACGGAAGAAUAAAAAAUCACUAGAGUCGCAGAAUCAAAGAGUUGUCAUAGAUUUUAAUUGUUUCUAUGUAGUGCUGAUAGCUCAUAUUGCCCUUGGAUUUUCGAGCAAGCAAACAGACUUGAUUAACAAGGCAAAAACAAUUUGUGAGUGUUUAAUAGCAUCAGAAGGCAUUGAUUUAAAAUUUGAGGAAGCGUUUUGCUCGUUCCUUCUUGGACAGGAUAAUGAGGCAAUGGCUGUUGCAAGGCUUCAGCAGAUUGAAUUAAAUUCAAACCCCACUCCUCAAAAUUCAACAUUGGGGAAGGAAAUAAGAGGUGUUUCAAGUGCAAACCAAUCGCUGGAAACAUGGCUGAAGGAUGCCGUGCUUGGCUUGUUCCCAGAUACGCGAGAUUGUUCUCCAUCUUUGGUAAACUUUUUUCGCAGCGAAAAGCGAGCUUCUGGAAACAUUCAAAAUAAAAGAGCUCCACAGACUCCAUCGGAGUUGAACCAUAGAUCACUUUCCCCUGCUAUUCCAUUGCAUAAUCGAGCUCUUGAGGAAUCAGUUUCAUGUACAGAUUUAUCUCGACAUCUUGGCUCAGCGGUAAAGCAGUUAGCUCCCUCCAAUUUGCAGGGCCCAUUCAUAGAAGGCAAGACUGACAGUGGAAGCAAUGGUAGCAAACCAUCGGUUCAAUUGAAAAGAAAUUUUGGUGCACAUCACAAAAAGUUUUGGGAAAUAUGGUUAGCCCCAAAUAACAUGGCUGGAAAGAUAGUUUUUGUUACAGCAUUGGGAUGCUUUUUGUUUGCUACCUUUAAGCUAAUGGGUAUGCAGUUGUGGAGGAUGAGAAGUGCAUCGAGAUGGGAUUUGAACAAACAAAGGGUGCAUACAAGUUUCCUUGCCCCAGCUACAGAUUCUUCUCUAGAUCCAAGUUUCGAGCCUCUUUGCAUUAAAGGAAAUGCUGUUGCUGGUGGACUUAAGAAGUUGUUGUCAGUGAUUAAGCUGCAGCCCAGGAGCCGCCCAGAUGCUGCAGAUUUGCAAGAUUCUUGCCUUUCUGCCAGUGCAGUGUCAUCUAUGACCACAGUAUUCAAGAGGCCAAUGCCCAUGGAUGAAGCUGAAAACCUUGUUAAGCAGUGGGAAGCUACUAAAGCCGAAGCUCUUGGCCCUAAUCAUGAAAUUCAUGUCCUCUUUGAAGUCCUAGAUGAGUCGAUGCUUGUUCAGUGGCAAGCUUUGGCUGAUGAAGCAAAAGCUAGGUCGUGUUUUUGGAGAUUUGUCUUGCUGCAAUUGUCAAUCCUGCGAGCAGACAUUAUAUCAGAUCGGGAAGGUAAGGAGAUGGCAGAAAUAGAGGCUCUCCUGGAGGAAGCAGCUGAACUUGUGGAUGAAUCUAGGCCAAAGAACCCGAAUUAUUACAGCACUUAUAAAAUUCGUUAUGUUCUAAAGAGGCAAGAUGAUGGUUCGUGGAGGUUCUGUGAAAGUGAUAUUCGAACGCCAUCAUAACUUGUUGAGAAAACAAUUGCUAACAUGAUGUCCAACUCUCAAAUGUCCAUACAAAGUUGUUUCAUUUGCCUUGUAGACAAUAGUUGAAGUAGAGACCAUCUGCCAUGAAAGACUUGAUGAUGAUUAUUAUUUUUUUUCUUUUCGUUUUCCAGAUUAGUUGAGUCAUGUAUUUUUUUAGCAUACACUAGGCAGGAAUUCCAAUUGUCUGUUCUGACACCUCCCUCAUGCAUCUGGGAACAGUUGGUGCUUGUUAUACCAGGUGCUUAUGUAAGAAACUGAUUUAAUUUGUUCAAGCAACUUAUUCUGAUGGC